GGACAGUGAUUUCAGUAUUAUGUCCCUUGUAUCUCACAAUCCAAAUAGUCAAAUGACUGAACCCCAGGUGUUUAAGGCCUACCCAAUGGCAGCCCCUCUGGCACAAGUUUCAAAUCGGGCUCCAAUGCCACCCAAGCCUCAGAUACCCACGAAACCCCAAGAGCAAGGACAAGGAAAGCGUCACGUUUGUGAGAUCUGCACAAAAUCCUUUUCCCGAUCUGAUAAGCUAACAUUACAUAGACGCACCCAUACUGGAGAAAAGCCAUAUGCCUGCUUUUGUGGGAAAAGAUUUGCAAGAAGUGAUCAUUUAAAAAUACAUGCCCUUAAGCAUAAAAUUAACCCAGAAGUUCGGCGUGCAAUGUUGCUUGAAGCAAAAAAUAACAAGCACUUUAGUCCAAUUAAAAAUUUAGAAGAUUUUGACAUAAAAAAGGAGACAGUAGAAGCAUCUCUGCAGGUGAAAACUGAAGUAAAUUUGGCCAUUAAACAAGAAAUUGGGGAAGGAACAGACCAGGUUAAUAUACCUGUAUAUGAUGACCCUAAUAAACAGGAGUGUAAUGUUUGCCAAAAAGUUUUUGGAUCCAUUUACAAACUUUCUCGACAUCUGCGAACACACACAGGAGAGAAGCCAUAUGUCUGUUUUUGUGGCGACAGAUUUAGUCGCUCAGAUGUCCUUCGCAUUCAUCAAAAAUCUAAACAUAUUCCUUAUAGUACAGAGGGCUAUGAUCAGCAUACAGGUCAAGCACUGCCCCAAGUGGCACCAAUAACACCAAAGCCCAAGGUUAAGAAGGCCCCAAAGGUUAUGAAGUCUGAUGGAAUAUAUACAUGUGAAUAUUGUGCUAAGGAGUUUAAAGCUGGAUAUAAGCUCACAGUCCACUUAAGAUAUCAUACAGGAGAAAAGCCUUAUGUGUGUGACUUCUGUGGGAAAGCUUUUGCACGCAGAGACCAUAUGAAAAAACACAGAAAAAUUCAUACAAAGUGAAAUAGCUGGGAAAGAUUAUUCAGAAUUCUUUGGAAUCCAUCAGAAGAACAUGAUACUGAUCUUUUGGCAAAAUUGAAAGUCCAGAUAGCAUAAUCAGAGAUAUUUUUAUAGCUGACUGAUAUACUAUACAAACCAAUUUCAAGUAGAAUAACUUACUAUCUUCUGCAUUAUCAGAUUGUUUUACUUACUGAUAAGUGGCAACGGUAUGAAGACAUGAAUGUAAUCUAAUGAUUUUUAUGAAGGAAUGUAAGUUAAUAAUUACAUGCGCAAUUAUUUAUAGAGUUCAAUCCUGGUGGUAAUUAAAACAGGGUUACAGGUUAACUAUUUAAGCCUAAAUUAAAUCUUUUAAACAUGGGAUGGAGCAACAUUUUUGUAAGCAUAAUCUUACCAAUAUCAAUUGAAUGACUUUUUAUUCUAAGAUUUCAAAUAAUGGCAUAGGUGUCAUACAGUGUAGUUCACAUUUAUGUAUUUCAGGCCAUUUUCAUAACCACUUUUUAACUUUUCAUGUACAUCUUUUGUAAUCAUGACUAUGAACUGGAACUUAUAAAAUGUAAAUUCCUUAUUUUUUGUACUUUUUUUUAAUGUAAAUGUUGUGAAUGAUUUUCUAAGUACUACUGUUAAAGUAUAUACCUGUUUUGGUACAAAUAACAAGAAAUACAGGAGUUUUGUAUUCAAAUUGUAAUAUAUUUUACUCAUUUAUAAACUGAUGUAAGUCUGCCCAGUUUUCUUCCCAGUGAAAGAAUUAAUAAAUAGUGUUAAGUUGAUGAACCCUAUUAGUGUAUUUGGUUCUUUAUUACUAUUGCUUUAAGUUUUUAUCUGAAAUUAUGUGAAACAUCCUAUUAUACAGGGUGGUUCAAAAGAAAUGUUACCCAGAUUACAUGAUAUAUUUGUUACACAUAUAUAGGAUGUGCUUAUGCAUGACAUACAGUAGUUAUUUACUGUGUCAAACAAAAAUGGUAAAAUAGAUUCAAAGCAUAUUUUUGAAGUACAAAGUAUUUCAAAGCACAUUUUACCAUGUUAGCAGACUUUGUGUCUGGUUGCUAAAGGAAUAUUUACAAUUUCAAUUUCACUGUUUGCCUUCCAUUCUUCAGUGUGUAUGGGUUUGUCUGAAUGACCAUUCCUUCCGGGUGCCCCAUACAAAGUAAUGAAAUGAAGAUCUGACACUCGUAUAGAGUUUUUAGAAACAAGUCUACUAUCAAAAAAUCCAGCAGGAAGAUCAUAGUUUCCUUUGAUGUGUAACAUGGUGCCACUCAUAAGGACAUUCUUUGUAAGAAGUGCAAUGAACUAUGUGAUUAUAUACUGGUAUAUAUGACCAUUCACUGUUGUCUCAAAGCAAAUAGGCUCACUGUAUACCUUCCUUACAACAAACCUUACUCUCAUUUCUGGGUGAUUCAGGGUUUUUCCAUACAAUGGAUUUUCACUGCACCUCAUAUUACUGACAAGAUAUUUGCUUAGGUAGAACCAUGCUUUUUUGUUAAUUAUGCUGACUACUACUCCUCAAAGUGUUCUGGAACACCAUGCAAUACUGGAAACACUACAUGUCUAAUUGUUUUGCAUGUUGAACCACCUAAACCCCACACGAUUUCUCAGCAGUUUUAUGUGCAUUAGAAUAAGACAUUUAUGUUAUGUUGGAAGCUAACAAAGACCUCUGUUUUUUCUCCUUAUAACUGUAACCUAACAUCUUCAGCCUUUUCAUUAGGCAACACAUGGUCAUCCACUUUCUUUUCUGUGAUGUACAAAUUCAAUUCAUAAUGGGCCACUGGGGAAGAUGAGGUCAUCCUUGAAAUUAUAUUUUCACUUGUAUGUAAUAUCAUUUUGCAAAGUAUCAUUUAGGAAUACAGACACUGCACUUGGGGAAAACAUGAAGUAGUAGUUACUCCUUUUAUUGCACAGGAGGAAUGCUAAGGCAUCAUCAACACAUCAGUGGUAGCAUGUGCAAAGAAAAUAAAAUUGCAGAUUAUUUUCCAUUACUUCAAAAUGGGUAAUGUUUUCUUUUUUUGAAUCACUUGCAGUUUCAUAGUCAUUUAGAAAUGAGUAAUUUCAAAUUCAGUCAGUGAAAUCCUAUUUUUUUAUAUAUUUUUGUUUUUUUAUCAUUAUUUAGUUAUUUUUGUUAUUUUAGUAAUAUGUGAUAAAGAUUGGAUCCAAUGGAAAAUAGUGAUAAAUAUAUAUGAACAAGUUUUUUCUUAUGAAUGGUAUAUGUAUCUUAGAGAUUUGUUUAUUUAGGCAGUCAUCUAGCCAUUUUUGAAAUCAUGUCUCCCAGUCAUCUGAAACUAUAGGUGAAGUUCACUUCAAGUUUUGCUUCAGUUAUUCAGCUAUUACUAACCACCACUAACCUAAGCUUACUUUGGAGGAAUGUUAUUGUAUCCUUCAGAAUGACCCUUAGUGACCAUAGUAAUGAUUUUCCUGAUGAGGAGGGUUCACCACAGAGCAGCAUAGGAAUCAGUGUAUACAGGUCAUUGAAACCUAUUUUUAAGGGAUUAUAUCCUUUGAUAUUCUUGAGUUCUAAGAUUCUUUAAUUUAUAUUUGCCAUGAAAUGGAUGGACAUUACAGUGAGGAAACAUUUGGAAUGAAUUUAUCUAUCUUCAGAGAGAAGGAAAAGUAUUUGGUAACGUCUUUAUUUUUCAGUAUAGUAGAAAUGUUAAUGAAUGGACUUUGAUGAAUAUAGGGAAACAUGAGAAGAAAAUGUAUAUUCAUAUUUUAAUCUAUGUGCAUAUAUAUAUUUUUUACUCUGAAAGUCCAGCAGUAAAGUAUGAUAAAAAUUAUUCUUUAUAAAAUACAGUUUCUACAUACAGCUAUCACACAACAAAACAUAUAAGUAUAAGAGCUGACAGAUUGUAAUAGAGUAUAAUUACUUAAUUUUGUUGCCUUUUAUGGGUCUAAAUAUAUAAAUGAAUGAUAUAGUUAAUGUUCCCAUUUGUGCCAUCUAUGCAGUGUUGAUCACUCCUGAAGGGAGAAUGUUUGAUUUUUUUCUUUUGAAAUAAAGAGAGAAAACUCUAAUAAACUGGUCAUUAUGGUAUGGAAUCUCCUCCUAGGAAAAAUAGAAUCAUAUAAUUUUAUUCCUAAAUGAUUUUUAAAAACUUCAUUAUAGAAAAAAAUAUUUAAUUGUUUAUACAUUAAACAUGUUUAGAUUUUAGUUCAAUAAGUUUGCAAGGGUCCAAUUAUUGUAUAUAAUAAACUAUUACAUUUCCUUGCAAAGCUUAUCAAAAGGUGGUUCUGAUUUUAAAGAGAGCUUCCGUACUACAAACCUAAUGAAAUGAAAGUAGAUAUUUUGAUUGGUAAUUUAUUUAAAAUCAAGUGAAAAUUGUGGAAUAUAUACAUGUGUACUGAUACUAUUUCGUAUCUACAGUGAAUUGCACUAAUGUCAGUUUGAUAAGCUUACUUUUGUAUAAUUUGAUGAAAAAAAUUGUACAGUAUAAACUGAUGAUAACUGACUUUCAAUAUAUUAUAUGUAUUACCAUUUAUUAAGGAGUGCUAUACAUAUGGGUAGGUAAUAACAGAAAAAAAUUAUACCUUGUAGGUGCAAAGAUGACAAAUAAUGUUGAACCCAGUGUAUUGGGCAUAUUGUCCCUGUUAUUAUAAGAAUUGGUAUGACCUGCUGUUGUAGCAGAGUAAUGCCAGUAUUUGUUAACUGUUUCCAUCAAUAGUAAAAUGAUGAAAAGCUCAGACAUUUGCUGUUGACCCAGUGAGCAAUAGCUAGUCAUAAGAAUACUCUUUCAAUAUAUACUCUAGUCAUAGAUGUACUCUAUUUGUAGUUACAGGUAAAGACAAGUACCUUGCCUGGUUUUGCCCAUUUUUAUUUUUAUUUUUUAAAUUUAAAUUUCAAUAUUGGUAAUUUUGUAAUGUAUACUCUGACAGUACAUGCUGAUAACUGGAUUUCCAUUGAAUAAAAGUUGGGAAAACUUGCAAGGUAUUAUUGCAUGGUUGAUAUACAUGUAGAUAAUUUACCAAUGAAAUGGUAUAAUUGAUAUACUCAGCAUUCCAGAGUUGCGUGGUACAAAACCAAAAGCAAUGCAUAUUUUUUUGUUUUCCUGGGUCUAGGGAUUAUGGAUAUUGUCUUCAUUCUCUUGACAAUAUGGCAGUUCAAAUUAUCAAACAAAGAAAAAAAUGGAAUGGUUAAUAAUCCCAUGAUCUUUAGUCAUUGAUCAAUAUUGAAUUGUGCUUAGUAAGUUCUUGAUGCUGAGAUACACAGUAAUAGUUAUGCAUACAAUCAGAAAUAUGUACAUAAACAUUAAUGUUUUUUAUUACAGAUGUUGAUAUUGCUUAACAGUGGAUACCUUGGUGGCUUCCAUGAGAGUAAAGUAUAGUGCCACAUCUUGUCUUGGGAGCCUGACUGUAAGAUAUACAAAUGCUAAGUUUGCAUUAAGUUAUGAUAAAGGCAGUUGAAUUUAUCUUGACAAGAGGAUAAUUUGUAUAAUUAUAAAUAUACUGUAUUUUCUCUCAAGGAAUCCUAUUGUAAUGCAAUGCAUUUUUUUACUGUAUUUAGACAAUCUAGUAAAAAGAUUGGUUAAUACAAUGUUUAUUGUAGUUUUAAAAAUAGGUUGUAAGGUUUGUAAGGAUACUGAUUUCCACUUUAUGUAGAAUUUUUGUAUAUAGUGUUAAAGCAUUGACAAUUGCUUUGCAAUUCUGUUAAAAGACAGUUCUAAAAGAUUUUGGUGCAAAAAUAAUUACUGCGAGGGUUGGUUUACAUAUCAAUUUACUUUUUUUUUUUUUUAAUAUAGAUCUGUACUGUUUCUUUACUAUCAGUACUUACAACCUGUAAGCUUCAUGCAGUUUCAUGAUUUAGUGAUUAUGCAGCUUGUAAUUUUAGGCCUAUGUGUAGAGAUUCCUGUAAUAAGUUUGAUAUUUGUAUAGAAUGACAUUAAAUAAAAUGUUUUCUUUUCCA